GGCUUUGACAAGGAAGUGGCCGAAAAGCCUGCAAACUGCUGUCAAGAUGGCACCGAUUGGACUGAAGGCGGUAGUUGGAGAAAAAAUCAUAAAUGGGGUCAUUAAGAGUGUGAAGAAGGAUGGGGAAUGGAAGGUUCUUAUUGUGGAUCAUAUGAGCAUGCGGAUUCUGUCCUCUUGCUGCAAGAUGUCUGAUAUUUUGGCAGAGGGGGUGACCAUUGUUGAAGACAUCAACAAACGUAGGGAGCCCAUCUCUAGUUUGGAGGCCAUUUAUUUGAUUUCACCAGUUGAGAAGUCUGUUCGUGCUCUCAUUAAUGAUUUCAAAGAGUCUGCCCUGACUUACAAAGCAGUACACAUCUUCUUUACUGACACUUGUCCAGAUAGUCUCUUUGCUGAGAUUGGGAGAUCCAGAGUUGCCAAGGUUAUCAAGACUUUAAAAGAGAUCAACGUUGCUUUUCUGCCGUAUGAGUCUCAGGUAUUCUCCCUGGAUGACCCUAGCUCAUUUCACUUUUUCUAUAGCUCCAAGCCCAGUGAAGAAAAAGACAAAAUUAUGGAAAAUCUGGCCGAGCAGAUUGCGACCCUAUGCGACACUCUAAAAGAGUACCCUGCAAUCCGUUACCGCAAAGGACCAGAGGAGAAUGCUAGACUGGCUGAGGAAGUACACCGGCGGCUUAUUGCUCACAAAGCUGACAACCCAAGCAUGGGAGAGGGUGCAGAUAAGGCCCGAUCACAGCUGCUGAUUGUUGAUCGUGGAUGUGAUCCCAUCUCACCUAUUCUACAUGAGUUGACUUUCCAGGCAAUGGUCUACGACUUGCUGGAUAUCAAACAGGACAUCUACACUUAUCAGACAACUGGCAUUGGGAAUUCAAAAGAGAGAGAAGUGUUACUGGAUGAAGAUGACGAGCUCUGGGUGCAGCUCAGACAUAUGCACAUAGCAGAUGUCACUAAGAAAGUGACAGAGCUACUUCGCACCUUUUGUGAGAGCAAGAGAAUGUGCACUGACAAUGCCAACAUAAAAGAUCUGUCUCAGAUGUUAAAGAAAAUGCCUCAAUAUCAGAAAGAGCUGAGCUUGUACUCUACUCACUUGCACCUGGCUGAAGCUUGUAUGAAGAAAUUCAAGGCUUCUCUUGAUAAGCUUUGCGAAGUGGAACAGGACCUGGCGAUGGGAGCAAAUGCAGAAGGAGUACCGCUAAAAGAUGCCAUGAAAAGCAUUGUUCCUGUCCUCCUCAACACGGAAACCGAGGCCUAUGACAAAAUCCGCAUAAUACUGCUGUACAUAUUCCACAAGAAAAAAGGCAUUGGGGAGGAGAACCUUGCAAAGCUCAUCCAGCAUGCUAACAUACAGGCUGACAGCAACAUCAUAACCAACCUGCAGAAUCUGGGCUGUAACAUAAUAUCAGAGGGCCGCAAUACUGGGAAGACACUGCCAGAGCGGAAGGAGCGCACAGAAAGCACAUACCAGCUCUCAAGAUGGACUCCCAUCAUCAAAGAUGUCAUGGAGAGUGCCAUAGAAGACAAACUGGACAGAAAGCAAUGGCCAUUUAUCUCUGACCCUGCUCCCAUCAAUACAACCCAGACUGCGGUCAGCAGUGCACGUCUUGGACAAUGGCACAAAAAUAAAUCUCCAGCAGAAUAUCGCAGUGGCCCUCGGCUUAUUAUAUUUGUGAUUGGUGGAGUUUCACACUCAGAGAUGCGUUCUGCUUAUGAAGUCACUCGAGCAAAUGAAGGGAAAUGGGAAGUGCUGAUUGGGUCAUCUCACAUUCUGACUCCAACCAACUUCCUGAAUGACUUGAAGAGCCUGGACCAAGUUCCAAAUCCUGAUUGUUAGAUUGUUAGAUGCUGAACAGGUAGAAGCACACUGGACCAAGGGUUUAGUCUUUCAUUUGAGAUCACAGAAUCUCUGACAAUCUGAAGUGAAACAUGAAGAGAAAUUUUAGAUGCAGCCCUGGAGAGAAACAUUUAUGAUUCCUUGUUAUUUUAGAGCAUUAUUUUAUUGUUUUUUGUCAUUUAAGAUCUGUAGACCGCUUUGAUUGAAUUUGUAUUAAAUAUUUAAUUAGAUAAUAUAUUGAUCACUGUACUGUUAUUCAAAUUCUUAUUUUUGUUACUGUAUAUUUGCCUAAUUUUGUACUCAAAAAUUGCAUAAUUUCCACAAAACUGGGUCAUCUCACACCUAAAACCUUAUUCAAGUGUAAUGUUGAUAUACAUUAGUCAAUAGAAGUAAUGACAUCAAAUGUGACUUUUUUCCCUCUCGUCUUUGAAACUUAAUUACCGGCAAAAUGUCUCAAAUGCUGUUCAUUAAAUCUUGCAUGUUAACCAUGUAUGCUAAUAUAUUGCUGGGAGCAAGUGGUGGGUGUUCUCUGUUGUUUAAAAUUAGUAAUUAAAGAAGCAUAACAUUCACUUAAAA